CGCCCCCUGCUUUGUGUGCGGCGCGCGGAUUGGCCGGCGCGCGCGGGGGCCGCGUCAGCGCCCGCGAGCCCAUUCAUCUGUGCACUUGGGCGUUGGACCCCGCAUCUUAUUAGCAACCAGGGAGAUUUCUCCAUUUUCCUCUUGUCUACAGUGCGGCUACAAAUCUGGGAUUUUUUUAUUACUUUUUUUUUUUUAGAAACUACACUUGAGCUCCUUUUUUGUGCUCGACUUUUCCACCUUUUUCCCUCCCUCCUGCGCUGCUGCUUUUUUGAUCUCAGAGACUAAAUUUUUUUUUAAUCCGGAGUGCAUUUAAUCGGUUCUCUUCCGUCCUCUUCACCGCCCCCACCCCCUCCCUCCGGUGUGAGUGUGCCGCCGCCGCUGCUAGCGCCGCCGCCGUCGCCGCCGCUGCUGCUCGCCCCGUCGCUUCACCAACCCAAGGCUCUUUGUUUCCCUCUCGGAUCUGUUGAGUUUCUUUGUUGAAGAAGCCAGCAUGGGUGCCCAGUUCUCCAAGACCGCUGCGAAGGGAGAAGCCGCCGGGGAGAGGCCCGGGGAAGCGGCAGUAGCCUCGUCGCCUUCGAAAGCCAAUGGGCAGGAGAACGGCCACGUGAAGGUAAAUGGCGACGCCUCACCCGCGGCCGCCGAGCCCGGCGCCAAGGAGGAGCUGCAGGCCAACGGCAGCGCGCCGGCCGCCGACAAGGAGGAGCCCGCGGCCGCGGGGAGCGGGGCCGCGUCCCCCAGCGCGGCCGAGAAGGACGAGCAGGCCGCCGCCGCCCCCGAGGCCGCGGCCGGCAGCCCCGCGGAGAAGGAGACCCCCGCGGAGGCCGAGGCGGCCGAGCCGGGCUCGCCCACGGCCGCGGAGGGCGAGGCCGCGUCGGCCGCCUCCUCGACGUCUUCGCCCAAGGCCGAGGACGGCGCCACGCCCUCGCCCAGCAACGAGACCCCGAAAAAAAAAAAGAAGCGCUUUUCCUUCAAGAAGUCUUUCAAGCUGAGCGGCUUCUCCUUCAAGAAGAACAAGAAGGAAGCCGGAGAGGGCGCUGAGGCCGAAGCCGCGGCCUCCGCCGAGGGCGGCAGCAAGGACGAGGCCGCAGCCGCCGCCGCCGGGGGCGUCUCCGCGGCCGCCGGGGAAGCGAGCGCCGCGUCCGGGGAGCAGGCGGCGGGCGCGCCGGCCGAGGAGGCGGCGGCUGGCGACGAGGGGGCGGCGGGCGGAGAGCCGCAGGAGCCCAAGGCCGAGGAGGCCGCCGCAGCCGCCGCCGGGGCGCCCGACAAGCCGUCCAGCAGCGAGGAGCCCAAGGCCGCCCCGGAGCCCAGCAAGGCCGAGGAGAAGGCCGAGGAGGCGGCCGCCUGCGAGGCGCCCUCCGCCGCCGCCGGGCCGGGCGCGCCCCCGGAGCCGGAGCCCGCGGCCCCCGCCGAGGAGCCCGCGUCCGCCUGCGCAGCCCCCUCACAGGAGGCGCAGCCCGAGUGCAGUCCAGAAGCCCCCCCGGCGGAGGCGGCCGAGUAAAGGAGCGAGCGUUUUUUUUUUUUUUUUUGAGAUAAUCCAAGAACUUUUCUCCCUCACCCCCCGUUUGUUUGUUGGAGUGGUGCCAGGUACUGGUUUUGGAGAACUUGUCUACAACCAGGGAUUGAUUUUAAAGAUGUCUCUCUUUUUUUUUUUUUUUAAUUUUCUUUUUUUUUUUUUAAGCAGCAAAUUUUCCCUUCCCCCCCUCCCCACAGAUCCCAUCUCAGAUCAUUCUGUUACCACCAUUCCAACAGGUGGAGGAGAGCUUAAACACCUUCUUCCGCCUUGUUUCUCUCUCUCUUUUUUUUAUUACUUUUUUUUUGCAUCAGUAUUAAUGUUUUUUGCAUACUUUGCAUCUUUAUUCAAAAAUGUAAACUUUUCUUUGUCAGUCUAUGGACAUGCCCAUAUAUGAAGGAGAUGGGUGGGUCAAAAGGGAUAGCAAAUGAAGUGAGAAGGGCCACAGUGGGGAAGUCAAAGUGGUGCAGAGCCUUGCCAAGAUGUGCCACUAUCAAUGAUGGUGUAAAGGCUUCGUCUUCUGUUUCGUUUUUUUUUUUUUUUAAGAAAAGUUAUUAUGAUGUAUUUUGUGAGGCAGGUUUACAACACUACAAGUCUUGACUAAGAAGGAAAGAAAAAAAAAAAAAACAAACACCAAUACCCAGAUCUAAAACAAAAAAAGAAAAAAAAAGAUCAUAGUCUUAGGAGUUCAUUUAAACCAUAGGAACUUUUCACUUAUCUCAUGUUAGCUGUACCAGUCGGUGAUUAAGUAGGACUACAAGUUGUAUAGGCUUUAUUGUUUAUUGCUGGUUUAUGACCUUAAUAAAGUGUAAUUAUGUAUUACCAGCAGGGUGAUUUUAACUGUGACUAUUGUAUAAAAACAAAUCUUGAUAUCCAGAAGCACAUGAAGUUUGCAACUUUCCACCCUGCCCAUUUUUGUAAAACUUAAAAAAAGUCAUCUUGGACCUUUUAAACACAAAUUUUAAACUCAACCAAGCUGUGAUAAGUGGAAUGGUUACUGUUUAUACUGUGGUAUGUUUUUUGAUUACAGCAGACAAUGCUUUCUUUUCCAGUCGUCUUUGAGAAUAAAGGAGAAAAAAAUCUUCAGAUGCAAUGGCUUUGUGUAGCAUCUUGUCUAUCAUGUUUUGUAAAUACUGGAGAAGCUUUGACCAAUUUGACUUAGAGAUGGAAUGUAACUUUGCUUACAAAAAUUGCUAUUAAACUCCUGCUUAAGGUGUUCUAAUUUUCUGUGAGCACACUAAAAGCGAAAAAUAAAUGUGAAGAAAAUGUACACAUUCGUGGUGUUUCUUUACGUUCUGAUAACACUGAGACUUCUAGGUCUUAGAUUAAUUUUUAGCAAGUGCUUGCAUGCCAUCAAGAGUAAAUUCAGUUAUUUUAAAUCUGAAAUUUUUAACCUCUGAAAUUCUAAAUCAGUGUCAGGUAGCAACAUUCCAUGUCAAAUCUGUAAACCAUUUAUUUGCAUUUAGUUUUCAUGUAAGAAUUGAAUAUAAUUAUUUUAUUGUAGCUAUAUAGCAUGUCAGAUUAAAUCAUUUAGGAUGAACGUGGUGUGACUCUAAGACUAUUUACAUGUCUUGUGAGAAAAUCUCAUUAAAAUCAUUUUCUUGUCAUGCAGAUCUAGAAACUUAAAUUUUAUACUGAAUGAGUCUGUUGCAUCCAAACUACAGAAGGCUCAUCAAAGGUGAUCAGAGAUGUUUCAGAAAUUGAUGAUGUAUUACAUUGUAAUUGCUUAGCACUUCCAAAGUAUUGCUUAGAAUAUGUGUUAUACCUUUAAAACAACAGAGCUAUGUAACGAAACAUUGGUGUUGAAUGGACAGUGUUGUCAGCUUAUGGGCCUUUCGCGUAAAGUGCAAGCAAGUUUUUUUUUUCUUUAUUUUUUAAUUAAAUCUCAUUAACAUCUUAUCGCCUAAAGGAAAAAAUAGUUAAUAAUAAAUAUUUCCUUAUACAUUAAUUACCCUUAAUCUUUUACCUCCUCUCUUUUUUAGCACCCUAUAACAGAAUAUUUUUGUUCUCCAUUGAACCCUAAACAGAAUUGGAUUUUAAGAUAUGUAUUAAAUACUGUUACUUCAUUAGAUGUAAAAUCAUGUAUGCACACCCAUUUUGCUGCUUUUGAACAGUGAGCGAUAUAGCGGCUCAUGAUUAACCAGUGAACUCCAUUUGUAACAACUGAGUACCAAAAAUCUUAAACUCAUUAGAAAAAUGACAAGUUAGCUUCUUGGUAUGUUCUUAUGUUUGCAAUUAUGAUCAAAAUUAAUAGUUCAUGAUUUCUCUUUACCAAAUACCUUCGCCACUAGUUUAAUAACAUUUGGAAGAGUGUUCAUUUUGACUUAGGUUUUCUAGAUCUUAAAGGAUGUUUGAAGAUUAAAAAUCAAACUUAGUUACCAAAGGACUGAUUUAUGGGUCUUUCCCAUCUUAACCAACUUUUUCUCAAAUGCCCAGUUGGCCGAGUACAGUGCCUAGUUGUAGUAGAUCUCAGCUAAAAAGAAAAAAGGAUUUAAAAAAUAACUCCCAAAGUGAGUAGUCGACCAUACUGUGUAGGAAAUUAUUAUAUAUUGCUAGGUUUGUUCUUUUGACAACUAGAGUUUAUUACGAUGCAUUGUUUUUAUUUUAAUCACUGCCUAAAAACACUUUGGGUGGUAUUAAUGGAGUGGUGGAUUUUCUCCAAGUAAUUAAAUGAAAUUUGACAUAUCUUUUCAUCCAAAGUUUUGUACAUCAUGUUUUCUAAUGGAAAAAUGUUAAUAUGGCUUUUUUGUAUGACUAAAAAUAGCUUUGAGAUUAAGGAAAAAUAAAUAACUCUUGUACAGUUCAGUAUUGUCUAUUAAAUCUGUAUUGGCAGUAUGUAUAAUGGCAUUUGCUAUGGUUACAAAACACUUCCUCUGGAUUAUAAUAAUCAUUUGAUCCAAUUCUUAAUGCUUGUAAAAUAAAGUCUUAUCAGUUGAUAUAA